AUGGAGAAUGAGUCCACAUUCGUUGCUCCCGAAGGUGUCUACUCAGUGACCGAGGAGCAUAAGCCCGGCUCAUUCGGCCAGCAUCCCAUCACCACCGCCCCCAUUCUGUAUCCUACACGAAUCUCUGCUGUUACCGUCAGAUUCCCUGCCACCAAGUCCAAUUCACAGGGUCUAGCGCAGCUCCUUGGGGGAGGGAAUCGAGAGAAGGAUUACAAGAAGGAGAAGGCUGCGCCCGCGAAAGAGCGGGAGGACGGGCUGAGUGUCUCCAGCAGCGAAACGCCAGACGAAGGCACCUCUCCAGAUGUCUCCAAUACCCCCGUUCCCGACAGCGCUAUGUCCACACCUGCUAUGCCUCAUGAACAGCUCAACAAUAUCUUUUUUCAGACACCGGCUGGAUUAGGGAAGAAGAAGACCUUUGCUCGGCCAAAGCAUAACAUGCGCACAACCUCGUCAACGUUCAUCACUCGUGUGCAGAACACGGACAAUCUGACAAAAGGUCUCCACUCAAAGCAGGGGGAGACGAACUUUGUAUUUUAUAAUUUAGCGAAGAGCUUUAUUUGGAUGGAAGCUGGUUCCAAACCCAAGGAACCACUUGCACGUGUAUACUUUUCAGCAUACCCCACCUGCCACGACGUAAACCUGACAACGGUAUCACCGGAACGGAUAGAUGUGAUCAUAGGUUUCAAUACGGGAGAUCUGUUAUGGUUUGACCCAGUAUCAUCACGUUACGGCCGACUGAACAAGCAAGGUCGCAUAUGCAAUUCCCCCUGCACUGCUAUCCGCUGGGUGCCAGAUUCGCCUAACCUAUUCCUAGCCUCACACGCGGACGGUACCAUUGUCGUAUACGACAAAGAACGUGAGGAUGGUGUAUUCAUGCCGCAAGAACCCGGAGCGCCGCCGUCUACUUCGUCAGAUGGGAACUCUGCUAGUUCUCAUGGAGAGUGGAAUCCCCUCGACAGCAUAUUUGUGACAAUGCCUCCGUGGCAUCCGGUGACUGUUGGUGGUAAUCUUUCCAGCGGCGGCAAAUCUGAGAAAGAAAAAACUGCAAAGAAUCCAGUUAGUCAUUGGAAGGUCUCCCGUAAGGGUAUCUCAGACUUUGUGUUCUCACCAGACGCUAAACUCGUCGCAGCCAUUUCGGAAGAUGGCUGUAUGAGAAUAAUUGAUACUGUUACAGAGCAGCUUGUUGACUGCUAUGCCUCAUAUUUUGGUUCUCUCAGUUGUGUAGCUUGGUCGCCAGACGGCCGAUUCAUUCUGACCGGAGGUCAAGACGACUUGGUUACGAUCUUUUCCCCUUGGGAGCAGCGUGUAAUUGCAAGGUGUCAAGGACAUUCUUCUUUCGUGUCUGCCUUGGCCUUCGAUGACAUUCGUUGUGAUGGCCGAACGUAUCGAUUUGGCAGUGUCGGAGAAGACAACAAACUAAUAUUGUGGGAUUUCUCCAGCGGCGCGCUGCAUCGCCCUAAGCUACACACUGCGCAUCACCAGCGACAGUCAAUGACGUCCAACACAUCUCUUGCACUUCGCCGGAGAGGAGAAUCAACGCUGUAUCUUCCACCCUCAGGCGCGUUCGGCGGGGAUUCCCCCUUGCCACGCUACCAUCCAGCCCCGUCCCGCAACGAGGUGGCAGUCGUUCAGCCAGUUGUGGUCAAGCACAUUGGGACCGACAUGUUGACUGACACCACCUUCAUCGGUCGUGGACUACUUACCGCCACCAAGUUAGGCCACAUCAAGCUAUGGAUACGGCCCCUGGCCGUUCAGCCGCGUCACCUGAGAACUCAGAGUACGUACAGAAGGAAUUCUCAGGUGGAUGCUGUUCUUUAA